GACAGCAGGCUCACCCCUGCUCCCUGCAUCCCUCCCUGUCCGUGUCUUCUUCCCUCUCACUCCACCGGAUCCUGGUGCGGAUAAGGAGAUUUAACUAAAGGAGACCCGGACACCCAUGACCUGUGGAGGAGCACUCUGGCUUCUGAGAUUUCUGCACAUUUCUACACAAACAGCAUUAUGACCAGGAAGGUGUUCACCAACACGAGGGAGCGCUGGCGCCAACACAAUGUCAACACUGCCUUUGCAGAGCUCCGCAAGCUCAUCCCCACCCAUCCUCCUGAGAAGAAACUGAGCAAGAACGAGAUCCUGCGCCUGGCGAUGCGCUACAUCAACUUCCUAGUGCAGCUGCUGGAGAGCCAGAGUGGCCAGCCGGCCAGCCACUCCUCCACCGCCCUGCUCACCUUCCUGAAAGGGAACAUGGAGCGGCUGCACUCGCCUCCCCAUCCCUGGACCACGACGAGUGACACCGAGGCUCCAUCGCCGGGCUCCAGCUGUGAAAGCUCUGAGCCCUGGUAGAGCCACAUCUGGACAGGAGAACAAGAAGAUAGAGCAGAUUGUGUUGUGGACCCCAACAUGGCUGAUGAGAAGGGUGAAAAAGAGUUUGUUUUAUGCAUCAAAGUAAACCAUAUUCCCUUCAUGUCUCCAUGAUAUCAUUCCUUGUUUU